GCGCAUCCCAAACACGGCCAUCCCCCCACGGUCGCUUGGCCGACCAAACAGCGGAGAGGUGGCCGUGUCUGUUCUUGCUCGCCGAUUUUACUUCUAGUGGCGUCUCUUUGGCCUGUGGUCUUGCUUUCCUUUCUUAUUGCAUUUUUCGGUCUGGUAUCUGCUGUGAUCACUAUCCCCACAUUUACCCUCACGCGUCGUCAAGCUGUCUUUAUACACUACUACUCCAAUGGCUAAGAGUACGAAGAAAGGAAAGCAAAAAGCUCCCGGACCAGCGCCUCCACCAGCGCCGGUGCAAGCACCGGUGCAGAUAACGCGAAUGAUCGAAGAGGAUGAGGAGGACGACUAUGGAAGGCAGCUGAGUACAAUCAAUGAAGACCCUACUUGGGGAGCAGGCGGAGGCGGGGGAUAUGCUAACGAGGACGCCGUCGCGUCAGAUGCAUGGCCUAUGACCACAGCACCUGGAGGUUGGCUCGAUGAAGGAGCCACAAAUCCUGCUGCACACGAAGCUUGGGGGACCAGUCCUAGGCAUAUGAACUCACAAUGGGGGCCUACUUCGGCCGGUCCUUCGCCCAUUCCUCCUGUCGGCUACUUCGCCACCGCUCCCAACUCCCCCGCACAAGUACCCCUUCAAGCUCAACACGGUGCCAAGGCAUGGGCAGCUUGGGGUCACGAAGCCGGUAUGAAAGGUCCAACUCCAGCCCCCGCUCAUCAAACUUUUCAGGCUGCCGCGCCUCCUCGCACGACUCAAGCUAAUAUACCAGGAUGGCAGAGUUGGGGAGCAGAGGUCACUGGCAGGGGGUAUAAACCUUCGGCUGCGGCCACUGCGGCCACUGCAGCAUAUCAGACCAGUCAGCCCCGCGUCGCCUUUGCAGAUGGACCUACAUUGAUACCCCAUCGCUCAGACAUGUCAGAUCACGCCAGAAGCGCCCUCCUCAAGUCCGUUCUCGAACAACAGCUACCUCCGCAGGUUCAACCUCAGCGAAAACAGAGCAAGCGAAACAAGAAGGCGACGACGACUACUACACAAUAUCAAGAUGCCGGUUGGGGACAGCAGCAGGAUGAUCCAUGGGGGUCUCAAGACCAGGGUCCAUGGGGCCAGGGGCAACAGACCGGUGAUCAGUGGGGUAACGAUGACUAUGCUCAGCCGCAGAAGGGGCGUCGGAGAGAGAAACAGAGUCACGGUGGGGGGAGGCAGCAACCGCAAAGCGGCUGGGGGGAGGAGGUACAAGGUGGCUGGGGCAAACCGGAAGGGCAAGGAAGAUGGGAUCAACAGGAAGCGCACGGUGCAUGGGCUACGGCGCAGGAUGGCCCGUGGGGAGGUGGGGGUCAGGACGAUUACGGGAAGAGGGCUGAUGAGUGGAAUGAUUAUGACGAGAGCGAGGAAUGGGAGAAAGUCGAAGGUGUCGGUGAUAAUUGGGGCGACUGGAGCGGCGGAGAGCAUCAAAGUGAGCUGUUGGAUGAUCCUGGGCGUCAUCGACGCGUGAACAGUCUAGUCCAUGCACCUCCACCAAAGAAGUCGGCGACCAUGCCAUCGCGGACUAUGGCUUAUGCAGCUCACCACUCACCUGAUUUUCUUACUUCUGUGGACCCUGUAGCGGCACAGAUCGAGAAACGGGAACGGAAACACAGUGGCACGCACAAGGAUCCUCCGGACCUGGACGGAGAAGGUCUGAAACCUUUAUCUAGAGCACUAUUUGGUCGUCACAGGAAGGCAAGAGACAGGAUCAAGUGGUGGUUCCCAUCUGACAAAGACCCGAAUGUCAAAGCCGUGAUUCAGUGGAUCAGGGAUCCCCAGGUCUCUGAGCAACUUGGUGCAUACGGUCUCGACCGGUUUCUACGCUCACGAGAACGGGGCGCCUUCUUUGUCAAUGCGUCGUAUGCUCCUGAAAGUACGGAGCCUGCUGUCGACUGGCUCAGUUGGGACCACAUUGUAGAGACUCGGGACCGGAUGCUGCAAGAGUUCGUCGGUUAUUACGACCCGGCGGAGCAUACCCUCCUCUUCGUUCUCCUUCCUUCGAAAACCGGGAAUAGCGUCGCGAUAUGGAGAGAAAAGGUCGAGGUUCCCGCCAACCUGCGUGUAUUGCGUGCUCGCGACGUUGAGUUGGCGAAGGCUGCUCUGAAGAAAGACUAUCCGGUGACAGUGGAUGAAUGGCCUUCUCCACAACGGACCACUCGCAGUAUCUCAGCAGAGUCAGCGCCGAAGAAGAAGAAAAAAGGUUUCUUUCGUCGUCUUUUCAGGCCUCUGUUCAGGAUUGAGUGGUAAACCCGCUUCUCACAAACCAUUCCACGACUUCGUUGCAUGUUGUUUUGCUUAUGAUAUCCCUACCUUAUUCUUACGAGCUUCUGCCACAUUUAUUGCUUUGCUGCCUUCGUCCAUGCCCCUAUCACGCCGAUGUACGUAUACUAAUGUGUGCUCCGUCUAUAUUGUACUACCCCUUAGAUCUCAGGCUCUUCAUCUACUUCUUGCAUAUUACGCUGUAGCUUUUUCGAAUUGCUCUCCAUAGCGAGCAAAUUAUCACGCUUUUGUGGCGCC